CAAACAAAAAAAAAGCAACAACCUAGAGUAUGGUUUGUGGUUUAGCCAGUGUGUUGCAGUAGGUACAACGGGGAGUUUGUUUUCUCUGACUCCUGUGGUAACCAAACAUCUGAGGUGAAGCACAUCUGCAGAUCAUGUUAUCUGAACUCACAAAUAACUAGAAUUGGCCAAACCCGAGUUAACAGUUCCCAUGCUUCAGAACGAAAAUACCAUUUAUUUUAUUAAGCUUGGUUGCAUUACCUUGGGGGUGUUGUUACUAAUACACAGCAGGUAAUAGUAGACGUGAGGUGUCUGGGAGCUGGAGCCACACAGGUGGUGUGUGGGCUUUGCUGGGGGCUCCUGACCUUUCCCAAGGCAGACAGCGUGGUCCCAGCGCCUCUGUUUCUCCCUUCACAGACGGUCACCGGUCCAGCCACGCCACGGGAGUGCUGGUGCUGACGUGAGGCAGCAGCGGUGGGCAGGGGCGCAGGGUGGAAGCCACCUCCACCGGCAGCGGCAGAAGGAAGCCCAGCUCAGCUUCAGACCGUAACACUGCGAAGGAGAAACUGCAAAUUUUUCUCAAUGACUCUAUAGCCAACUGAUGUAACAAUGGUACUAAUAUUGGGACGCAGACUUAAUAGAGAGGAUAGUGGGAUACGAGAUUCCCCAGCAACCAAGCGGAAAGUUUUUGAAAUGGACCCAAAAUCGUUGUCAGGCCCUGAGUUUUUUGACUUUUCCUCGGGAUCAUCCCAUGCGGAAAGCAUUCUCCAGAUCUUCAAUGAGUUUCGAGACAGCCGGUUGUUCACAGAUGUUAUUAUCUGUGUGGAAGGGAGGGAGUUUCCCUGCCAUCGAGCGGUUCUCUCGGCCUGCAGCAGCUACUUCAGAGCUAUGUUUUGCAAUGAUCAUCGAGAAAGCAGAGAGAUGCUAGUGGAGAUCAAUGGCAUUUUUGCUGAAGCUAUGGAUUGCUUUUUACAGUAUGUAUACACUGGCAAGGUGAAAAUCACUACGGAGAACGUGCAGUAUCUCUUUGAAACCUCGAGUCUCUUUCAGAUCAGUGUUUUGCGUGACGCCUGUGCCAAGUUCCUGGAAGAACAGCUGGAUCCUUGCAAUUGCCUGGGAAUCCAGCGCUUUGCAGAUACGCACUCACUCAAGACCCUGUUCACCAAGUGCAGGAAUUUUGCACUGCAGACAUUUGAGGACGUGUCCCAGCAUGAAGAAUUCCUCGAACUGGGGAAGGAUGAGCUUAUUGAUUACAUUUGCAGUGAUGAACUCGUGAUCAGUAAGGAAGAGAUGGUGUUUGAAGCUGUCAUGCGCUGGGUGUACCGGGCAGUUGAGUUGCGAAGACCAGUGUUACAUGAACUUCUGACGCACGUCAGGCUCCCGUUGUUGCAUCCAAACUACUUUGUUCAGACUGUGGAGGUGGACCAGCUGAUUCAGAAUUCCCCAGAGUGCUAUCAGCUGUUGCACGAAGCCAGGCGAUACCAUAUCCUUGGAAAUGAGAUGAUGUCUCCCAGAACUAGGCCACGCAGAUCAACUGGUUAUUCUGAAGUGAUAGUUGUUGUUGGAGGCUGUGAAAGAGUUGGAGGGUUUAAUUUGCCAUAUACUGAGUGCUACGAUCCUGUAACAGGAGAGUGGAAGUCACUGGCUAAACUUCCAGAGUUUACCAAGUCUGAGUAUGCAGUGUGUGCUCUACGGAAUGACAUUCUCGUUUCAGGUGGAAGAAUCAAUAGCCGGGAUGUUUGGAUUUAUAACUCUCAGCUUAACAUUUGGAUCAGAGUUGCCUCCUUAAAUAAAGGCAGAUGGCGUCAUAAAAUGGCUGUUCUUCUUGGUAAAGUAUAUGUUGUUGGAGGAUAUGAUGGGCAAAACCGCCUCAGCAGUGUAGAGUGUUACGAUUCGUUUUCUAAUCGAUGGACAGAGGUGGCUCCCCUUAAAGAAGCUGUGAGCUCUCCAGCUGUCACCAGCUGUGUGGGCAAACUCUUUGUGAUCGGGGGUGGUCCUGAUGACAACACGUGUUCUGACAAGGUUCAGUCUUAUGAUCCCGAUACUAAUUCUUGGUUGCUCCGUGCAACUAUCCCUAUCGCAAAAAGAUGUAUCACGGCUGUGUCUUUGAACAAUCUGAUCUAUGUUGCUGGUGGGCUUACCAAAGCAAUAUACUGCUAUGAUCCAGCAGAGGACUACUGGAUGCAUGUACAGAAUACAUUCAGCAGACAGAAUUGUGGCAUGUCUGUGUGUAAUGGGAAAAUCUAUAUCCUUGGUGGAAGACGAGAAAAUGGUGAAGCCACAGACACUAUUCUUUGUUAUGACCCUGCUACGGGCAUUAUCACAGGAGUAGCAGCCAUGCCCAGGCCAGUAUCAUAUCAUGGCUGUGUGACGAUUCAUAGAUAUAAUGAAAAAGGCUUUAAACUGUAAUUUUUUUCUUGAGAAAAGAAGAUGGCGGCAUGAAUGAAUCCGGUGGUCUGCCACAAGACAGGCUUUUUAAAGAUAACUGAAGUGGGAAGAUGCACUUUCCCUACCUAAGCGUCGUAUGAAAAUUAUAUCCUGUGCCUUUAAAAAAAGGGUUAAUUUAACUUGCAAAACAAGUCUACAAAUCUAUCCAGUCACCAGAGUUCAGCUGUAUCUGCUGUGGCCUCUGAUAUGAGAGCAGUAAUAGUACAUUGUACUAGUGUUCAGAAAGUUUGCCCUAUGUGUGAUUAGUAAUUAAAAUCUUGGAAGCUUUUUGAGGAAAGUGCCUUCACAAGCAUUUGUGCCUGUGUCCUAAGAAGUGAUAUCUGCAAAAUGUUUCAGGUUCUGCUAAUUGGAAAAAUACAUAAGUAAAUUCCAAAGAAUCAUCUAGGAGAAUUACUGACAAUUUUAAAAAGUAUAAUUAUAAUUCAUAUGCACAGCAUUCUUACAAACAGAUUACUUGGCUUAACCAAGUAGAUUUUAUGUCAGAUCAUGCAUGGUUUGAAAUUAAACAAACAAAACAAAACCAAACCCCAACCAAAUCAGCUGCAUAGGACAAAUACUAGAAUCUUUGAGGAAUGCUUUUUUCUGAAGGAGAAAUUGGUUGUUUAGUGAGCCACGGCAACACACUGUGGUAACGAUUGUGUACCUUAACACUGUGGACCUUGUUCACAGUGUUGCAAAGUGUUCAUCAGAAGUACAAGGCUACAUGACAUGGAAAACCAGUGACCACUGGGGUGUAGGCAUGCAUCUGUGAAGCAAAUUUUGAAUCCCAGUUUUUAACUCUUUGAAAAGUAUGGCUGAAGUCUGAAAGCUACUGGGUUCACUUUUUGCUCACUGCAAAGUAUCUCUAGACUACUCAAGGAAUAAAGGAUCAUGAACUCUGGAUUCUUCGCUUCUCAAUCACAUUAUAAACUACCUGAUGAUAGAGAUGGGGACUUGGGUUGCACCCUGCAGCUUAUAAAUUGAUUUUUCGGAUAUUUCAUCUGCAGAGAUGGCAGAGCACCCACCACUAUUUCUUGGCCUUUCUUCAGACAAUCACUUACUCUAGCACAGUUAAACUACUGUAUAAGCUGCUUGGCCAUCAAUAAAGAAGUUUUGGAAAGGUCCCUCCUGUCACCAGAAAACUAUCUGUGGACCUGUCCACAUAGCCAUAUGACGUAGCUCCCACAUAACAUGUUUUGGAUAAUUUUGAAGCCUAGGAAGUGCCUGUAUUUUGAUCCUUUU